CACAAAAUGUACUGUUUCUGUUUGAAGUGUGUCUGAGUCUUGGCUCAAAACGUUUCUCUCAUUUAAAGAAUCUGGAAGAUAAAUAGUUGCUGCAAAGAACACUGACAACUUCAAAGCGAAAUGAAGUUCUUUCUGUUGCUUUCAGUCAUUGGGUUCUGCUGGGCUCAGUAUAACCCAAAUACCAAGCCUGGACGGACAUCUAUUGUCCAUCUGUUUGAGUGGCGCUGGGCUGACAUUGCUCUUGAAUGUGAGCGAUACUUAGCUCCCAAAGGAUUUGGAGGGGUUCAGAUCUCUCCACCCAAUGAAAAUGUUGUGAUUAAUAGCCCUUUAAGACCUUGGUGGGAAAGAUACCAACCAGUUAGCUACAAGUUAUGCACAAGAUCAGGAAAUGAAAAUGAAUUCAAAGACAUGGUGACUAGAUGUAACAACGUUGGUGUCCAUAUUUAUGUGGAUGCUGUAAUUAAUCAUAUGACUGGGAAUGGUGUGGGUGCAGGAACAAGCAGUACUUGUGGAAGUUACUUCAACCCUGGAAAUAGAGAUUUUCCAGCAGUCCCAUUCUCUCAUUGGGAUUUUAAUGAUGGUAAAUGUAGAACUGGAAGUGGAGACAUUGAGAACUAUAAUGAUCCUUAUCAGGUCAGAGAUUGUCGUCUGGUCGGUCUUCUUGAUCUUGCACUGGAGAAAGAUUAUGUGCGUUCUAAGAUUGCUGAAUAUCUGAACCGCCUCAUUGACAUUGGUGUAGCAGGGUUCAGAAUUGAUGCUUCUAAGCACAUGUGGCCUGGAGACAUGAAGGCAAUUUUGGAUAAACUGCAUAAUCUGAAUACAAACUGGUUCCCCGAAGGAAGUAAACCCUUCAUUUACCAGGAGGUAAUUGAUCUGGGUGGUGAGCCAAUUAAAAGCAAUGAGUACUUUGGGAAUGGCUGUGUGACAGAAUUCAAGUAUGGUGCAAAAUUAGGCACAGUUCUGCGCAAGUGGGAUGGAGAGAAGAUGGCUUACUUAAAGAACUGGGGAGAAGGAUGGGGUUUCAUGCGUUCUGACAGAGCACUUGUCUUUGUGGACAAUCAUGACAAUCAGCGAGGACAUGGAGCUGGAGGAGCAUCUAUUCUAACAUUCUGGGACUCCAGACUGUACAAAAUGGCAGUUGGAUUUAUGCUUGCUCAUCCGUAUGGAUUUACACGAUUAAUGUCAAGCUUCCGUUGGCCAAGACAUUUUGAAAAUGGAAAAGAUGUUAAUGAUUGGAUUGGGCCACCAAAUAAUAAUGGAGUAAUUAAAGAAGUUACUAUUAAUCCAGACACCACUUGUGGCAAUGAUUGGGUCUGUGAACAUCGGUGGCGUCAAAUAAGGAACAUGGUUAUGUUCCGUAAUGUAGUUGAUGGCCAACCUUUUAGAAACUGGUGGGAUAAUGGUAGCAAUCAAGUAGCUUUUGGAAGAGGAAACAGAGGAUUUAUUGUUUUUAACAAUGAUGACUGGCCAUUGUCUUUAACUUUGCAAACUGGUCUUCCUGCUGGCACAUAUUGUGAUGUUAUUUCUGGAGAUAAAAUUGAUGGCAAUUGUACAGGAAUUAAAAUUUAUGUUUCUGGGGAUGGCAAUGCUCAUUUUUCUGUUAGUAACUCUGCUGAAGAUCCAUUUAUUGCAAUUCAUGCUGAAUCUAAAUUAUAAAAUUUGAAGCAAAUACACAUAAUCAGAGAAAAAACCAAGUGUA